AUGACGCAGACUGGGUUAUUGGGAGAAAAACCUGCAGAAUUUCCAAUGGAAACGAAUCAUCAGCUAGCAUUGGCAAAAGGCAACAUACCAGAUGAUGUGGAAAAAUAUAGACGAUUAGUUGGUCGUCUGAUUUAUUUGUCAGUCACAAGACCAGACCUUGCUUACUCAGUGCAUAUUUUAUCUCAAUUUAUACAACAACCAAGAAUGGAACAUUGGGAAGCAGCACUUCGUGUGGUUAGAUAUUUGAAAAAGAAUCCAGGACAAGGAAUUCUGAUGCGUUCUGAUAGUGCUCUUAGUUUAAAAGGAUGGUGUGAUUCAGAUUGGGCAAGCUGUCCAUUAACUAGACGUUCAUUAGCAGGUUGGUUUGUCCUUCUUGGCUUCACACAUUUACUUGGUGAUUUAGGAGUUCAUCAUGCUCAUGGGAUGAAUCUCUUUUGUGAUAGUCAAUCAGCUUAA